CCACAGGCCAAGCACUCAUGAGCGCGCGUGCUUUAGCUGCUGUCGGUGUGAAAGAGAACGCAAUCUCUCUCAACUCUUCGACUCCCCCCGCAUCCAAACAUCCCAAAUCUACAUAUGAUGAUGUCUAAUUUACAUGAUUUGAAUCUUUGCUUCUCUCUCCCACAAUAACAGAAUUUUUGGUCCAUUAUUAAUUGCCAGAUCUCUGUCUCUUUCUCUCUCUCUCUCUCCCUUCCCUUCUUCCGAGCUCAAGAUCCUCUUCCGCUCACAUGAUGAACAGUAGGUUGUAAGCCAUUCGAGUAAUAACACCACCUGAAGGUCACUUCCUCCGAGAAAAUAAUGCCAUCAACAUCUCCACCGGCAAGUAGUAAUAAACCCAAAUCAAAGUGAAGCUCAUGGGAGCGAACCACUCCCCGUUCGUCACUCUCCUCGUCUUCCUUGCUUUUCUUACAGUUGCGGCGGCAGCUCGGGCGGAGCCGCCGUUCGUUGGCGUGAACAUUGGCACGGACGUGUCUAACCUGCUGCCGCCGGCUGACCUCGCUGCUUUCAUCAAGGCGCAGCAGAUCAAGCACGUCCGCCUCUACGACGCAGACCCGGCCAUUCUCUCCGCCCUCGCCGGCGCUGGCGUCUCUGUGGCCGUUGGUGUGCCCAACAACCAGCUCCUCGCCUUGGGCUCCUCCCCGGCCACCGCGGCCGCCUGGGUCGCCCGCCGUGUGCUGCCCUUCCAUCCGGACACUCCCAUCUCGGCCGUGGCCGUUGGCGACGAGGUCCCCGCCGCGCUGCCGUCAGCCCUCCCUCUCCUCCUCCAGGCCCUCCGGUUCAUCUCUUCCGCCCUCUCCGCCGCCAACCUCUCCUCCAUCCCGGUCUCCACCCCGCUUCCCUUCGCUGUCAUCCUCGACCCCUUCCCGCCCUCCCAGGCCUACUUCAACCAGUCCCUGGCCAACGCCUUCCUCCUUCCCCUCCUCCGCUUCCUCGCCGACACCGCCGCCCCGCUCAUGCUCAACUUGUACCCCUACUACGCCUUCAUGCAGGGCCACGGCGCCGUCCCCCUAGACAACGCCCUCUUCAAGCCCCUCCCCCCCGCCCUCGAGGAGGUCGACCCCAACACCCUCCUCCACUACUCCAACGUGCUCGAUGCCAUGGUCGACGCCGCCUACGUAGCCAUGCGCAACCUCAACGUCACCACGGUGCCCGUGCUCAUUACCGAGACCGGGUGGCCCGCCAACGGCUCCCGCCGGGACGAGCCUUACGCCACCCGGGAGCUCGCCAGCACUUACAACUCUAACCUCAUCCGCCACGUGCUCGACCGGGCCGGAACGCCGCUGCACCCCGAGGCCACCCCCAGCGUCUACAUCUACGAGUUGUUCGACGAGGACCUGCGCCCGGGGCCGGCGUCGGAGGCCAGCUGGGGCCUCUUCCACGGGAACGGGACCCCAGCAUACCUGCUGCGCGUUGCCGGUACCGGGGGGUUACUGGCCAACGACACCACGGACCGGACGUACUGCGUGGCGGCGGAGGUGACGGACCGGCGGACGCUGCAGGCGGCGCUGGACUGGGCGUGCGGCCCGGGGCUGGCCAACUGCUCGGAGAUACAGCCGGGGCAGAGCUGCUACGCGCCCAACAACUUGAGGAGUCACGCCUCUUAUGCCUUCGACAGCUACUACCAGAAGGAGGGCAAGGCCGCGGGCUCCUGCUACUUCCAGGGCGUCGCCAUGGUUACCACCACUGAUCCAAGUCAUGGGGAUUGCAUCUUCCCUGGAAGCAAGCGGAUGAAUGUUACAGUAGCAGGAAUGAGUGUCAUCCAAACAAGCAAGGCUGGUGCACCCUUCACACUGAGACUGAGAACAGGAAUAGCUCAUGACCAAAUGACCCCCAUGAUCUUAAACAUCUUGGUAGCUUCCAUCCUGUCAUGGAGCAUUUGGUCUUGAUGUAAUACUCAACAAAACUUCCAAGAGAGUCGAAUUCUCGUUUGCGAUUUCGUAAAAGCCAUGAAUCACAUUUCCUUCAUUCCUUCUGUAAUAUUUGUUCUUUUGUAACAAAAUUUUGUUGUUGUUCUAUUGUUUCUAAUCCAUUCUAUUCUCUGGUGCUUCUGUGGAAUCAAAUCAAACAAAGUUAUGUUUGAGAUGCUAUUUAUCAGAUUGCAAAGAACAACUCGAGCUGGUUUUCUAUCUGCUUGGUCAGAGCACUU